UAUGUCCAUGUUUUCUGGGAGAAUGUAGAGAUAUUUAAUUUUGACUCAAAGAUUUGAGGAUUUUCUGAACAUUAAACUUAAUAAAGAGAGAGUCAUACGUGUGGUGCAUCAACUCCUUUCUAGUGCUGCGCAAACUUCAUUUUGAGAGGAGGUGAUAUACUGUUAGAACGAUUAAUGAAUGAUGAUUUUAUCGUACUAGAUUAUAAAUAUACUUAUUACCUAGCUCUUUCUAAUAAACACAGCAUUCUGUUUAUUCUCACAAAACACACUGUUUGUGACUUAUAAAAAUAAACGAAAUGAGAUGCACAAGUCAGUGGCUCGUGCGUACAGAUCGUCGCCAAUGUGUUUAUUUCUGUCCGCUAAGGAACGGGAAUCCAAAAUAGAAAAGUCCACCGCAUCUCUCCGGAGAAGUAACACGCACGGAAACUGAGCAUUUAAGAUUAAUUUCAACGAAAUUUAAAUCAAUUUAAAUUUAAAGAUUACUUCGACAGUGCGCGUCAGUUCAUGAUGGCGGUUCGAUUACAAAUGACCGCCAUCUUGUUUUUGGUGAUAGCGUUGUUUGAUUUGGCGGUAGGUUGUGACGUGAACGAUGUGGCUGUAUACAAAGUGUCGUUGCGUAUGUUGUGGAGUGAGGAGAGGUUUCCAAAGGACUACCCGCAAAAUCGACCGAAGGCUCAGUGGUCACAAACAUUUGGUCAAUCUCACACUGGUAACUUCAGCCUCUUCCACGUGGGGGAUGUAGCCAAGCCGUCUGUUCGUGCCUUCUCCCAAUAUGGAAAGAUCGAUGACCUCGUGAAGGAAGGUGAUGAAGACAUGCACGUCUACGACCAGUUCUCAGCAUCAGCCGUCGGAGCUGGUACCGGGAGUACUGAGAACAUGGUGUUCGUUGAUGGUGGACAUAGUUUUAUAUCACUAAUGUGCCGCAUGAUUCCAUCACCAGAUUGGUUCGUUGGUCUCGAUAGUGUCAAUCUAUGCGUAGACUCUUCAUGGGUGGACCAAAUCACACUAGAUCUGGAGCCUCUAGACGCAGGAGCGGCAAGUGGCCUGACAUUCACAGCGCCGCGCUGGGAGACCACUCCUCCAGACCCAGUGAGGAGGCACAAGCCGAGGGUCCCUGAUCAUCCUGCGGCUGGUUUUUAUUACCCACAGCUGAGAGACCUGCCGGCUAUCGCUCAAGUGGAGUUGACUAAGGUAAAAGAAUAUUCAACAAAGGAACUAAACGACUUAGCAAGAAGAGAACUUUUACAAAUGCUGAGAGAGAAAAAUAAAAAGAAGGGAUUACCACGAAAAGAUGCUGAAAUGACUGAAAAUGUAGAUUCUGUAGAUGAUGAUGAUGAACAUAACCCGGUUACUGCUAGAAGUUCUAUAGAAACCCUUAAAGAUUUAGAAGAAGAUCCUGUCGGUACUCCAAGAUCAAAUGCACCAGAGAACUACGUUGUUGUUGUUACAAACCCCCCGACAACUACGACUACCGAAAAGGAAUUCGAAGAUGAACUAAAGAACAUGGAUGACGUCGUGUUAGCUGUAGCGCACGGCCGGAAGCUGGGGCUCCACAAACAUCUGCCGAGACACUUUAGGUCGCGCCUGCAUCAUGCCGUCAACAGGAUCCAACCCAACGACUGCCUGGUGUCAGAAUGGAGUGCCUGGUCUCCCUGCUCGGCGACCUGCGGCUUCGGCGACAAGCUAAGAAGCAGAAGUGUGCUGCGUCAGAAGAAAGAUGGCGGCCGCGACUGUCCGAAACUGACGGAAAGGAAACAUUGCGGCAAUGUCAACUCUUGUGCUCAUAUAGACUAUUUUGAAUGGUAAUCAAAUAAAUUGAUGGUUCUUUU